AAUGCUUAUCCGAAAAGUAUUAUGGUUUUUUGUUUUAAUAUAAUUACCAGCAACUGUUAAUCUUAAGAUUUUAAAUUGUGGGUUGGUGUCAUUUUCGUAUUUCAUUUUCAAAAGUUUUAGUUUAUUAACUGUGUUUUACGAGGAGAGCUAAGAUAUUGGUGAAAAGAUUCGUGUUUGUGUAGCAAUCUACCUGUGUGGUUUUUCUGAUUUUGAUUUCAAUUACAAAGAAAUGGGUUGAUGUCGAAGGACUGGUUUUAGCCUUUAAAAAUGGAAGGUUCAUUUUAGGAGAUUAAAAUUUAAAAUAUUUAUAUGAUAAGAUCAAAAAAAAGAAAAAAAAAAAAAGAAAAAGAAAAAUCCUAAAUGGGUUAGUUUUCUUUCUGGGAUUUUCACUUUUCAAGAUCUGCAAAUGCUACUAACCUCUUUCUGGAUGUGAUCCUGGGUUUCUUUGAUCUGCUGCAAGAGAGUUUAAUUAAGAGAGUCUUGAAUAAUGAAGUUUCAAGAAGGGGAUUCAGUGGAAGUUUUGAGAAGGGAACAAGAGCUAUGUGGGUCCUGGUUUUCUGGUAUUAUAAUUGCAGUUAGUGGUGAUUAUUAUGUGAUUAGGUAUGAUUUACUUACAGAUUGCGAGGGAGAGCCUGUGAUAGAGAAGGUGCAUAAGGAGGAUCUUAGGCCUUGGCCUACUAUUAAAAGAAGAAAAAGAUGGGUUGUUGGUGAUGUAGCUGAGGCGUUUGAUAUUAAGUCCUGGAGAGUUGGGAAAAUUGUGAAGGUUUUGAAGAACAAUAUGUUUGUUGUAAGAUUGUUUGGAUCCAUUCAACUCAAAGAAUUUCAUGACUCUAAUCUACGGAUAUGGCAGGCUUGGCUUAAAAAUAAUCGGUCGGUGACAGGCAAGGUUGAUAAAGAAUCUACUAAAAAUUUUAAGCGAAAUAAGUCAAAACCGUCUAAAAGAUCGGUUUGCAUUUCCCCAUCAGAUAUUGUAGGCAAAGGUUCAUGCUUGAGAAACAGAAAUAGACAGAGAUACAGUAAGGAUGGGCAAAAUAAUGUCAAAAAAAGUCUCCCAGCAAGAAAGAUCUUAAAUAGAAGCAACGCAGAUUGUCUUGAAAGAUCUUCCAAGGACCUACGUUCUUGCACAAGAGGAUUUCACAGUCCUUUCUUUACGUGGGUUAAUGAGAUUUCUCCUCAAGAAGUAAGAGCAGAUAACAAAUUUGAUGAGGAAGAUAGAGAUAUAAAUGCUGAUAUAGCCAAAGCAACUAACGAUGAGCUAUAUAAUUCUUCCAGGCCUUUUACAACUAAAGAUAUUGACCAAUGUUCGGUUGCUAGUUGCAGUUCAAAUGAUUUUGCUCUUUCUUCUAGUCAUAAUUGCAAUAAAGCAUUGGAAAAUGUAUCUGAUACCUCGGAUGCAGAAUCAUCGUUUCCUUCAUCUUCUGUCAAUGAACGUUUAACCCCAUAUUUUGAACAGAAGUUUGAGGCUGACAUACAUGAACUUGAGUUUCAUGCUUACAGAUCAACUGUGCAGGCAUUGUAUGCUUCUGGUCCUUUGAGUUGGGAACAAGAGUCACUUUUAACAAAUCUUCGACUUUCUCUUAACAUUUCAGACGAGGAACAUCUACUUCAGCUGAGGCACCUAUUAUCUACUCGAGUUGUGCAAUAAUCUUAUGACUUGGAGAUUAUGGGUUCGAGUUAUGGAAACUGUCUACAUAAAAAGGAAAAGGCUGCAUACAUCAACCCUCCGGAGACCGAAACGUAGGAUGGUUCGCAGUAGGUGACUCAUUUUAGGUUCAAUGAAAGGCAACUUGAUGAAAACAACUCCUAGCAGCUAUUUUUCUGAGAGUAAAUAACUACAUCUGUAAAUUCUGUUUAAAAGUAACUGUCACAUGCAUUUUCCUACUUGUAUAUACAAAUAAAAUUUUCAUUACAUCUCUGUUUUUUUUUUGUGGCUCAGCUUAUUGUAGUGUCACUAUCACAUCUCCUAAUGGCUCAUCUACAUGAAUAGAUCUUUUUCUCUA